AUGCCGUCCAGUAGUGUCACAUUUUGUGACUCCCAGGAUCUUGGGAUUCCGCUGCGAAUUAAGAUAAAGUCCCUUGAUGGUCGAAAACCGCUCCUGAAACCAUCUCAAAGGAUCUUGAAACCAUCAUUAUCGCAAAUAUCAUCAAAUGUUUUAGCCGUGAGUGAUAUGAUAGUCUCCGUUCAGGUUUUUGACAGGGAAAGUGAUCGAAUUUUAACCAUUCCCACAUACACGUUGUAUGUACCUUUCAAAAAUGGCAGGAAAUGGAACCAAUGGCUCACUCUGCCAAUUUUUCUCAAUCAGCUUAAUCUUUCGAGCAGACUUCGCAUUAUUCUAUGGGAAUUUAAUGGCACGAACAAGAUACCCUUUUUCCAACUGGAGACGUCUGUAUUCAACGAUGAUAAUUCACUGAAGAGAGGCCAAGAGGCUUUGAAAUUCCAAUACGAUGUAUCGAAUAGUGGCUCCGAAGUGAGAGAUGAUCGAGUGUUAGAUUGCCUCAACAAAUACUAUCAAGGUGAAAUUAGGAAGAUUGAAUGGUUAGAUGCGAUUACAAUUCCAGAUAUGCAAAAAGCUGUUGACGGGAGAAGCUGGCCAAUCGGCACAUUUGUUCUGAACAUCGAAUUUCCAGUCUUUGAGCUACCAGUGGUUUUAACAGAGAAGACUUAUCUUUCCGUUCAGCAAAACAUCCCCACAGUACACAAUUUUGAGCAGAGUAAUGAAACAACCGACCAUAUGAAGGCAGAACCACGAAUGAUAAUUCCGCUUGGAAACAAAACCAACUCAACUUUGAAAUUCUAUGAUCCAGAUCAAUUCAAUAGUAAUCCCAUUGAGGAAAAGUACAGAAGGCUAGAGAGAGCUUCGAAAAGAUCUAAUUUGGAUAAACAAGUUAAACCUGAUAUCAAGAAAAGAGAUUAUCUGAAAAAGAUAAUAAACUAUCCACCUGGUACUCAGCUAACCGCUCACGAGAAAGGAUCCAUAUGGAAGUACAGGUAUUAUCUCAUGACUAAUAAGAAGGCAUUGACUAAAUUACUCCAAAGUACCAAUUUGAAUGAAGAAACCGAGAGAACAGAAGUGUUGGAGCUGAUGGAUUCCUGGGCAGAAAUUGACAUCGAUGAUGCAAUCGAGCUUCUAGGUUCCGAUUACAAGAAUAUAUCAGUUAGAGCUUAUGCAGUGAAUCGACUGAAGAAGGCAUCUGAGAAGGAGUUGGAGCUAUAUCUAUUACAAUUAGUGCAAGCAGUUUGUUUCGAGAGUCUCUCCACCUUUUCGGACAAAUCGAAUAGUGAGUUUACUAUUGUAGAUGUUACACCUUCUCAGGCCUUACCACCUUCACUAUCGGCGACACAGAGCAAAAAAAUGGCAAGCACUGUCAAUGCCACUGAUGCUGAAGACCCAGCAAUAGUGAUAUCACCACUAGCAGAGUUUCUAAUCAGGCGUGCUAUUAUCAACCCUCGUUUGGGCAAUUUCUUCUAUUGGUAUCUCAAGUCUGAGUCGGAGGAUAAUCCAUACCUAAACCAAAUCAUCGAUUCUUUCUGGAGUAGAUUGAGUAAAGAUCGUAGAAUGGUGCUGCACAACCAAAUCGUGCUGGUAGAUUUGUUAAGAGACUUUUGCGAGCAGAUUAAGAGGCUGAAGGACACCACAGCGAAGAAAAUGGAGCUUUUAGCUCACCUUCUGACCACAAGGCUGAGGACUCUUCUGCGAUCCCAACCAAUAUGCUUGCCUUUAGAUCCUGACGUGGUCGUCGUAGAUGUUGUCCCCGAGAUGUCUAAGGUUUUCAAAAGUUCUUUAUCACCACUCAAGAUUACGUUCAAGACUAGCAGCGGUGAUUUGUAUCCCUUAAUGUACAAGGUUGGUGACGAUCUGCGGCAGGAUCAAUUGGUAGUUCAAAUUAUCAGCUUGAUGAAUGAAAUGUUGAUGAAUGAGAACGUAGACGCGAAACUGCUACCAUACCACAUUAUUGCAACAGGACCUCACGAGGGUGCCAUUCAAUUCAUCCCUAACGACACAAUGGCGAAUAUACUUAGUGUUCAUCACGGAAUUCUUCCGUUCCUGAAGUCCCACUACCCAGAUGACAAGCAAGAUCUCGGAGUGCAGAGCUGGGUUAUGGACAACUUCGUCAAAUCAUGCGCUGGCUACUGUGUGAUUACUUACCUAUUAGGUGUAGGUGACAGACAUUUGGACAACUUAUUGAUAACCCCUGAUGGCCACUUCUUUCAUGCGGAUUUCGGAUAUAUCUUGGGGCAGGAUCCCAAGCCAUUCCCACCGCUAAUGAAACUACCACCACAAAUUAUAGAAGCAUUUGGCGGUGCCCAGUCGCCUAAUUACAACAAGUUUAGAAGCUACUGCUUCGUCGUUUACUCAAUUUUGAGGCGCAACGCUGGGCUAAUACUCAACUUGUUUGAUCUGAUGAAGACUUCCAAUAUCCCAGACAUACGUAUCGAUCCUGAAGGCGCAGUCUUGAAGGUGAAAGAAAGAUUCAACCUCGACCUUUCAGAAGAAGAAGCGACAGUAUACUUUCAGAAUCUGAUUAACGAUAGUGUCAACGCGCUAUUGCCCAUUGUCAUCGAUCAUCUGCAUAACCUGGCUCAAUAUUGGCGUGCCUAA